AUGACGUCCUCUCGCCGCUGCUCUCGCCGCUCCGCCUGGGCAUGCCUCUGCCUCUGCUACUGCCACUGCUAUGCUCGUCGACACCCCCUCUCGCUCGCCCACCUCCCACCUUCUCCCCCCUCUCCCAUCCCCCAUCCCCCAUCCCCCAUCCACCCCUCCUGCGUCGUAUACCGCCAGAUGCCCGGCACCCCCGUGCGCUGGGCGUGUUACAGGAUCGAAUCGUUCCUCUGCCGCAACGCACUCUGCACGCUGCACCUGCACUCUGCAUUGCGCAUUGCGGGUCGCCGUGGCCACGCGCACACUGACAGGCGCGCGUGA